CGCUGGGAGUCUCAUCAAUGCGCCCCGUCAGUGAUUCAUCGGAGCUUUCCUGCUCUGACUUCGAUUCGACUUGCCGAUGGCGUAAUAUUGAAGGGCUCUUUGUGGACGAGAUGGAUUGGUUUCAGGGAACUGGCGUGCUCAAUAAAAGUCGAAUUCAACGGGCUACAGGAGCGAAUACGAUUCCAGACGGAUCAUACGCGAUUGUUGCCACAGACACUGUAAAACCAAGUACAGCCAAGGCAGUAAUGGCCGCUGAUCCGAUUCCAUGUCAACUCGGUCCAGGACAAUUGAGCUUCAAGUACUGGACAUCGCCCCAGGUGCAUCUUCGAGUAUGUUUGAAGAGGAAUCCGAGAUCAGUUGUUGAUUUUGAUUACUGCAGCAAUGUGAUUGAAAUUGGUGAUCCAGGUCCUGUUAGCGUCAGGAUUCCCGAACCAACUUCGCUACCAUUUCAGGUACAAUUUGGUUUACAAGAGGUGUUCGCUAUCAUAGACGACAUCGAAUAUACAGCCGACAUAUGCAGCUAUUUAGACCGGAAUCCGGAUAUUCAACCAAAUCAUUCCUUCCGUAAUCCUUCCACGGACAGUCCAUUACGACCUGCUACUAAAACAGGAUGGGACGAUGCGGAAACAGUGCCUGGCGAUGACAUCACACCUAUGCGACAGUUGAGGAUAUAA